AUGCCGGAGCCGGAGGAGACGUCGCUCGAGGGCACUCCGACAUGGAUCGUGGCGUCCGUGUGCUCCGGCAUCGUCCUCAUGUCCUUCGUCUUCGAACGCGCGCUCCAUCGCCUCGGCAAGGCACUGGAGCACCGGAGGCAGACCUUGUACGAGGCGUUGCUGAAGCUCAAAGAAGAGCUGAUGCUGCUCGGGUUCGGCUCGCUGCUGCUCGUCGUCUUCCAGGACGUGAUCCAGGACAUCUGCAUCAACGAGAGCCUCAUGGAACGCUGGUUGCCGUGCCGGGGCGCCUCGUCGGCGGCGGCACACCAUCACCGCAGUAUCUUUUCCAUCUUUGGCCGUGACGGCGCCGGCAGCGCGAGGAGGAGGAUGCUCCAAGGAAGACCAGCCUCGGAGCACUGUUCAAACAAGGCCCAAGAAAAAAAGUUCUGGGCCCAUACCCGCCCUCCUCUUGACAUGCCUCGGCCUUUCAGGGACAAGUCCCACUGCUCUCGCUUCCGGCCUUGGAACAGAUCCAUCGUCUUCAUUUUUGUGCUGGCCAUCACUCAUGUUGUUCUCAGCGCCAUCACCGUGCUCCUGGGGCUUCUUCAGAUGCGCAAAUGGAUGCACUGGGAGAACGCCAUCCAAGAAGAGGACGACAGUGGACUUGAGUGGCAGUUUAACAACUAUACCUUCAAUCUGUUCUACUGCAGAUGGUAUCAUUGGAUAUUUGUGAUGAUCUUUCUGCUCCUCAAUGUCACCGGAUGGCACUCCAACUUCUGGAUCUCACUAAUCCCGUUGUCUCUGCUGCUUCUGAUCGGAGCGAAGCUGGAGCACAUCAUAAACAAGUUGGCCUACGAGGUCGCCACGAAGCACACUGCUGCUGCCGAGGACGAAGAGGGUGGCGUGCGCAUGGACGGCAUGGUCAUGAGCCCUUCAGACGACCUGUUCUGGUUCCGGAGCCCCCGGCUGGUACUCAUCCUCAUCCGCUUCAUCCUGUUCCAGAACGCCUUCUUCUUCUGGACGCUGGAGACAUUCGGCGUCAAUUCCUGCAUGAUGGACGGACUGGGAUACAGCGUGUCAAGAAUUGUCAUAUGUGUCAUCGUGGAGGUCCUCUGCAGCUACAGCACGCUCCCUCUCUACGCCAUCGUCACUCAUAUGGGGAGGUUCAGGAGCGCAGCGCCGUCUUCGCGGACGAUGUCGCGGAGCACAUCAGAGGCUGGGCCGACGGCGCGCGGAGGCGCAACAGGGUGGCCGCCGCCGCCGUUGCCAGGCUGUCGGCUGGUAGCGGAGCCGAGCGAGGAAGCAACCGGCUGCACAAUUUUGUGCGACGAAGCAACCUGA